ACAGUCAUUGUUCAUCUUCCCGUGGAGAUGGUUGUUGGUGGCUUUUGCUGCCGGAGCUCCUUCUUCACAUACAGUGUGGUGCUGUUUCUCAGGGACUGCCUCCAGGAUGUGGAGACUUCCAGUGGAAAACGUGUCAUUCAUAAAAAAGUUGGCGAUACUGUGGAGCUUUCAUCAGGCUUACCAACUGAAGGUGUGACCAUGGCAAUAUGGAAAUAUGGAGGAAUGACGGUUGCAGACAAAGAUGUGGGUUUUUCUAAACAUUCUCCAUUUAAGGACAGAUCACAGCUAAAUGCUGAAGACUUUACUUUAACAGUGAGAAAACUGACUCUUCAAGAUUCUGGUGAUUUCAUUUUUGUCUCAGCAAUAAAUGACAAACAGAGGAAAUCAGUCAUCAUCACUUUGCAAGUUUAUGAGCCCAUAACUAAGCAGCCUCUUCUGAAAAUCCUAAAUUUCAGCCGGGAGGCCUCAAACAAAUUUUGCACAGUUCUGCUGGAGUGUAGCUCAACUGGCAAUGUCACCUUCAACUGGACUGUAGGGAGUCAAACACAAACUGGACCCAGGCUGCAUCACAUUAUGAAGGAGGAGGAUGGAGAAAUCACUUUCACAUGCACAGUUUCCAAUCAUGUUAGUGAGAAGUCUGCAUUGGAAACCAUAAAGUGCAGCAAAGAUAAUGACUCCAGCUCUUCUUCUCCUGUCAAUGUCAUUGUCGGGCUAUUUACUGGUGUUUUGAUCACUCUACUGCUGGUAUUUCUUCUUCGCUACAUGAAGUCAAAGGACUUUUGCAAAAGGGUCACAGGGUCUGAAAGGAUCAACCAGGAUGAAAGUCAAGAGCAUGUGUAUUCCUCUCUUUCCCACGGCGAUGCUUGUGUUUAUGAGACAGUGAGAACCUCUGGAGAUGCUAAACCAGGUGAUGACUGUAGGGAUGAUUAUGAACCCAUGUGAGGCCCUGAGCAUGCUGGACCAGGUGGACCAUUGAUGGGAAAAACAAAUCUUGUUAUUGAAGAAAGGCAAUGAGAGAUAAAUAUCUAAGAAAAACAAAAGAAAUUUUAAAAAAUCUAUUCUGUGGUGCAGUUUGUGAAAAUGGUUGUAUUAUCAAUCGGACUUUCUCUGCCUCUUCUUUUUUCUUUCAUAUAAUAGUGAAAAAUAAAUAUUGUAACUAUGCUAACUUGUUAGAUUAUGGUGGUCUAUAUGGCCCCAAAUACUAAUGUGUAAAAUAAAAAAAGUAAUGCUACAGGAACAUGUCUCUGCAAGAGGAACUAUUAGUUAGAACUAUUGUAUCCAAAGGAGUGAUGCCCACAAAUCUUGACCAGCAGUCACUUGCUCUGUUUUAUUAACAGUCCAUAAAUGUCUGGGUACUAUCGAGACCAGUUUCUGGACUUUUGGGAGAGGGAUGUUGUCCCAUUCCUGUUUACUAUAUGCUGUUUUCAUUGAUGCAAUAUUUGUUUUAGCAUUGAUUUACUGAGAAAAAGCUGAAUAGGAGCAUAAAUGCUAAAACUGCUAUAUAUCUUUCAGUGUUGAUGGUACUUUUACAGAUUUGUAAGCUGUCAAUUCCAUGCAAUGCUAUACCAUCAAAGAUGCAAUCUUUUGAACUGAGCACUUAGUAAUAGCAAGUUAGAUGUUGCCUCUCCUUUUUAGUCUGGAGGACAUUGUCACGAUCCUGGGUCUUAUGACCCAGUGUUUUGAGUUUUAGUUCAUUUUGAUGUUUAUAGUAUGUUUAAGCUCAUUAGGUUUUCUAUGUUCAUUUUCUUAUUAGUUCCCCCUUGUGUUUUCAACCCCUGUGAAGUCUCCCUUGCCCUUCAUGUGCUUCAUGUCUGUGAGUCUUAUGUUGUCAAGUUUAUGUAGUCGUGUCUGUGUUUCAUUAUGUUUCCUAUUUUAUUUUCUAAGAGGUUCUGUGUUUUGUUUUACUCUUUCCCUGUGGCGUUGUUAUGUCCAUGUUGUGUCUACUGUGCCUUUCUGUCCCAUGUUUCAGGUCCCUAUGGUCUGUCUCCCCAGUUGCUGUUAAGUUUGCAUGUCUAGAGUGCAGUCAGUGUGUUUCCUCUUUUAUUUUGAAGGUCCAUGUCCUACAUCAGUGUAGUCAGCUUUGCUUCCUUUGUCUCGUUAGUGUCAGCUGUUUCCCCAUGUGUUUCCACUUCCCCCAAUCACUCCUGUGUAUUUAGUCCAUGUGUCUUCAGUCAUUCUUUGUCAGGUCGUCUGCUCAUCCACAUCACAAUCUCAGGUAUCCAUGUCAGUUCACCAUGUUUAAGGUUUUUCAUGUUUAGUUUUAGUUCACCCAGUUUAGGUUAUUGUUUAGUUUCACCAAUGCCCUUUUGUUUGUACCUUUUUUGCUAGCCUCAAUAAACGGCUUGUUUUUUGUUCUAUCCACGCCACGUUCA